CAAAACGGCAGAAAUUGCUGGAGAACCAAAAACCCUAAAUCGUACGAGAAGAGCGAAUUUGGGAGCUAGGGUUUAAGCUUUCGAUCAGUUUCGAAGAAAUCAGAAGAGGAGGCAGCCAUCAUGUUCCCAGGAAUGUUCAUGCGGAAGCCAGAUAAAGCUGCGGCAUUGAAGCAGCUGAAAUCUCACGUCGCCAUGUUCGGUGCUUGGGUUGUCGUCGUUCGAGUCACCCCUUACAUUCUUCACUUUCUCAACCGCGACAAAGACAACCUCGAGCUCAGGCUCGAGCUAGUCUCUUCUUAAUUUGUGCAGCUGUCUUGAUGUGGAGGAAUAGGUGCUUGGGUUCGGAAAGAAUUUAUGGGAAUUAUGUUUCAAUGUAACCCUGCAAAUCAUUAGUCCAUCUCAUAAUGUUGCUUGCUAGUUUAAAAUUAUUAAAUUAAUAUUCCAUUUACAUUUGGUCAUUUGGAAUGGUGAGUAGACACUGUAUGGCUGUUUAACCACAUUGAUAAACCGUGUGAUGUGAAGGGUUUUUUUCUUUUUUUCUUUUCUUUUUUUUUUUUAAAAAACCAAAUGAAACAAAGAGAACAUUUGAGGCAGAGUACGUAUACGCAUAAAAUUUUAUUA